AGACGCUAAAAUUAAAUUUUGGUAGAAAGAAAUUGAUUGUGAAUGAGAUCGCAGGCCCUCGCACAUAAUUGCAUCUGUAAACCCUAGAAUUUGAUUCAAUGUAACGUCGAGCUCCCCCGAACUCUCCUGUACCCAAUCAAUCACGCCCGUUAGUCUUUCAAUUCCAAGAAAGACUUGCAUUUCGCCAUUUGGGAAGGCUUGAUUUUUCGCUGAAUCUACCCCUCCGCUCGGAUGCUGAUUUUCCAAUUUUAAAUAAAACAAAUAAAUAAAAAAAGAGGUGAAUCUCAAUUGGUCGUGCUCACAGACGAGAAUAUUAGCUGAGGUGUUGGUUUUGGAAUAUAUUUGGGAGUGAAGAUGGAGGGUGGAGGCGGAAUACAUGGAGGCCAAGCGGGAACGAUGCACCAGCAAGUUCAUUACUUGGAAGAGGAAGAUCAUCAUCAUCAUCAUCAUCAUGUCCUGCACCAUAUGGGUAAUGGGCAUAUAAUGAACCAUCAUGGUGAUGAGCAUGAAGAUACUGGUAGUGGUGCAGUUGUUGGUGGAAGUGAAUGUAUGGAUGCUGAUGUUUCAACUGAUCAGGCGACUUUAUCGGAUAACCAUAGUGCUUUGGUGCCUCCUGGCGCCAGUGGCAGCAUUACUAAUGACAAUAAUCAGCUCACGCUCUCUUUUCAGGGCCAAGUUUACGUCUUUGAUUCUGUCUCUCCCGAAAAGGUUCAAGCUGUGCUUCUUCUGUUAGGGGGUCGUGAAGUCCCUUUGAAUGUGCCUACUAACCCAGUAAGCACUCAUGGUAAUAGGGGCAUAUCUAGUACUCCAGAGAAGUUCAAUGUGCCUCAGAGGUUAGCUUCAUUGAUCAGAUUUCGGGAGAAGCGGAAAGAACGAAAUUUUGACAAGAAAAUUCGUUACACUGUUCGUAAAGAGGUUGCUCUUAGGAUGCAACGGAAUAAAGGUCAAUUUACAUCUUCAAAACCCAGUAAUGAUGAUGCUGCAUCAGCUGCUUCAAGCUGGGAUUCUAAUCAGAAUUGGGGUUUGGAUGCCAGUGCAUCCCAAAAUCAAGAGAUUUCCUGUCGGCAUUGUGGGAUCAGUGAGAAAUCUACUCCAAUGAUGCGCCGCGGACCGGAAGGACCUAGGACUCUCUGUAAUGCAUGUGGACUUAUGUGGGCGAAUAAGGGAACUUUGAGGGACCUCUCAAAGGGAGGUGGUGUGCAGGGACCAAAUUGUUCGCUUAACCAGAGUGAUGAGAAUGGAAAUUUCAAAGCUGAUGAAACGGUUAUCAGAGUUGCGGGAAACGGAAGCGACUCGUCAUGACCAGAAAUGUACGCUGGAGUGGGUCUGGGUGGGUUUGAUCAUUGAUGACUAUGAGCCGAUAAAGCGUCUGGAAUUGUGUGUGUUGCGCAGGCAGAGACUUUUACUUUGGAGUUAUCAUCAUCUCUGUAUCUGUAUGUGACGAGUUUCGUUGUUUCACUCAUCGGAUCUUUUCGUUGGUUUAUUAGUUUAAAGGUUCUUCAUAUCUUCAUGUUAUGUUAGUUUAUUAAGUUUAUUUAGAACAGCCGGCUCUCUGUUGUUGUUGUGUCUCGGAUGAGAAAAGCUUGGAUGGAUGAGCUGAGCUGGUUGUGCUGCCUGUGAACUUUGAAGCAGGCAAUAAUGCACUCACUGGGCAUUGCUAGAAGAGGAAACCCCGCUUUUUGGUUGUGUGUAGUUGUGACAACAACAAAUAAUCAAUCCCACACUACUACUGUUUAUUUGUGGUGAGGUGAUGGGCAUGGCUUCCUUUCUGUAAUUAAUUUACCCAGCGAUCUGAUCUCUUCUUGUGAUUCUUCACACAAGUUGUGAUGGUUGAUAUUCUUAAAAAAAAAAA